AUGAAGUUCACCCUCGCCCUCGUUGCCGCCGGCCUCGUCGCCGCCCAGAACUUCGCUGGCCAGCCUCCGUGCGCCAUCCCCUGCUUGACCGAGGCCAUCCCCAAGGUCGGCUGCUCCUUGACCGACACCGCCUGCCAGUGCACCGAGGAGAAGCAGCAGGCCCUCGUCCCCGUCGCCGCCUCCUGCCUGCUUGCCGCCUGCAGCUCGUCCGACCUCACCAAGGCACAGUCUGCCGCUGCCGCCGCCUGCGCCGCCUUCAAGGCCGGUGGUGGUGCCUCUGCUCCCGCCUCUUCUGCUGCUGCCGCCUCUUCCGCCGCUUCUUCCGCCGCUCCUUCCGCCGCUCCUUCCGCCGCCUCUUCCGUCGCCGCCUCCGUCUCUGAGGCCAUCACCUCCGCUGUCGCCUCCGCCAGCGGCAACGCCACCUCCGUCGCGUCCUCCGCCUCCGCCGCCAUCACCUCCGCUGCCAACGGCACCGGUUCCCUCACCGCCAGCCGCACUCCUUCCCGCACCGUCCCCACCGUUGCCCCCUCCGGCACCUCUGCCAGCGCCUCUCCCUCCACUUCCGGCAACGCCGCCGCCCACGGCAGCGCUGCUGUCGGUGGUCUGGCCCUCGCUGCCAUUGCUGGUAUCGUUGCUGCCCUCUAA